UCGAGGAUAGGUCUUGUGUUGGCUUACAGCUUAAGCAUUUGUAUGUUCACUUCGGUAUUGACAUAGAGUUGGUGCAUGGAAACUAUCGUUAACUAAUUUUGACAUACAUCAGUAUUGUUGGAACUAGUUUUACACAGUUGGGCUGCGGUACUCUUUGCUCGUAGAUCAUGUCUGGGUUGGAAACAAACGGAGCGAAUGGGGAUCGCGUUGACGCCAGACGUGAGGGUGAAUCAGGAGGUGCACAGGCGUCUGCUAGUUCUUCAGAGCUCAUGCAGGUGGAUGCCAAGCCCAAGUCCUACUCUUUCAGAUACAACCUCAACUACCCCAGCAUGGGCCACUGUAUCAUCAUUAACAACAAGAACUUUGACCGCAGCACAGGCAUGAAUGUGCGGAAUGGCACAGAUGUCGAUGCAGGAAAUGCCAUGAAGGUGUUUGGGAAGCUUGGUUACAAAGUGAAAGUGUUCAAUGACCAGACUGUGGAUCAGAUUUUACAGGCCUUAACUGCAGUUGCUAAGGAUGACCACAGUCGCUGUGCCUCAUUUGUGUGUGUGCUCCUGAGCCACGGGGACGAGGGGGUGUUUUUCGGCACUGACCGUUCCAUUGAGAUGAAGACUCUCACCAGCCUGUUCAGGGGGGACCGCUGCACCUCUCUGGUGGGCAAGCCCAAACUCUUCUUCAUUCAGGCAUGCAGAGGAACCGAUCUGGAUGGAGGGAUCGAGGUUGACAGUAACCCUGACGGCUCUCCGGAGAGAAUCCCUGUGGAGGCUGACUUCCUGUAUGCCUACUCCACUGCACCAGGUUAUUAUUCCUGGAGGAACACCACGACAGGCUCCUGGUUCAUGCAGUCCCUUUGUGAGAUGUUCACCAAAUACGGCAAAGAGCUGGAUCUCCUGCAGAUCAUGACCCGCGUCAACCACAAGGUGGCACUGGACUUUGAGUCUGUCUCCAACAUGCCCGGCUUUGAUGCCAAAAAGCAGAUCCCCUGCAUUGUGUCCAUGCUAACCAAAGACAUGUACUUCACAUCCUAAAAGGGAUAAGAAGCUUGUCUCUUUUUUUUUUUUCUUCAGGUGUUCA